AUGAUCCUUGGCUUGUUUCCCACACAUCGAGGAUUAUGGCCCUGGUUGAUGUUGUGGUGGCAACCGCAGAUGCCGAAGAAUAAUUCGUCAACCACUUUGCCAGAAAAAGGCUGUACAGGCCGCUACCAUCUUUGUACAUGCCUGGUUGGAAUGGUCUUAUUGCUAUCUAUGACUACCUACGUGGACACGACCUUGGUCAUAGGUCCGGCUCUGCCACCAGACCCUAACACCGUCAUAGAUAUUCUGAAAUACGGAAAGGUCGGGGUUGCCCUCCUGACGCCCGCAAUUAUCGAGGAAUUCUGCUUGACAACUACUGGCACUGAUGCUCUACGAAAGCUCGAAUCGGUUCAUUAUGCCGGCGCGCCUCUUUCAGCCAAGACCGGGAAUCUAUUGGUCUCUCAUACUCUGGUUAUUCCUACUAUCGGCAUUUUCGAGCACCGCUUUGAUAAUCUGCACGAGCUGGUCUUCGUGCGCAAGCUAGAUUCUAAUUUGCAGUCUAUAUUUCAACUAUAUCCAGACUUUUUUCGGUAUCCGACCUCGGAUCUAUGGAUUGAACAUCCAGUUCACAAGGGCCUGUGGGAGAUCAUCGGUCGCAGUGAUGACUAUGUGACUUUUAGUCAUGGAAAGGGACAACACGCUUCGCGUCUUGAGCCUGGCAUUGAAGCUCAUCCCGAAAUCAAGUCGACAUUGAUUAGUGGGCAUGGCGAGGCGGCACCGGGACACCUCGUUGAGUUGCAUCGUGAUUUGGUAGAUACUGAUGGCCGUGAUCAGCUCAUUGUUUCUUUACAGCCUAACAUUAAGAAAUUUAAUGCCCAUGUUCACGAUUGUGUGAACCUUUCUGCAGAUCGAAUAAUUAUUGUGACGAAAGAGAAGCCGUUCACCCGAACUAUCUAA